AUGGCGAGGUGGAGUAAUAAUGCCGCAACAGGGUGUUCGUUUGGCAGUGAGCCGGUGGAAGACAGAGUUCACAUCUUCUUCGAGUGCCUGUAUACCAGGAAAAUAUGGGAAACGCUUGUAAGAGGUCUAAUGGGUUCUGAUUUCUCGACGAAGUGGGAUGAGAUCCUUGAUCUGGUCAUCCAUUCCCCUGGAGCUUUGACCAAGGCUUUCAUCCUAAGGUAUACGUUCCAAGCAGCAAUCCACGCGAUCUGGUGCAAAAGAAAUUUCCGACGCCAUGGUGAGGCUCCAACUCCGGAGAUUCUCCUAAGCAAGAAGAUAGACAUUGUGAUUCGAAAUCGGCUCAGCAUAAUCAGAGGAGACGGCAGGAGAAAGUAUGAAGAUGGUCUGCAAUUGUGGUUUGCAACACGAGCUCCUUAA